AUGAAGGCAUCAGACCAACUCUGGAAAAACAGUUUCAUAAGGAGGAACCUUUCACUCCGUCUGUACAAAACCGGCAGCAGGAACCUUUCAAACCGGCAGGAGGAACCUCCUCCGUUUGUACAAAACCGGCAGGAGGAACCUUUCACUCCGUCUGUACAAAACCGGCAGCAGGAACCUUUCACUCCGUCUGUACAAAACCGGCAGCAGGGACCUUUCACUCCGUCUGUACAAAACCGGCAGCAGGAACCUUUCACUCCGUUUGUACAAAACCGGCAGCAGGGACCUUUCACUCCGUCUGUACAAAACCGGCAGGAGGAACCUUUCACUCCGUCUGUACAAAACCUUUCACUCGUCUGUACAAAACCGGCAGCAGGAACCUUUCAAAACCGGCAGCAGGGAGCUUUCACUCCGUUUGUCUGUACAAAACGGCAGGGAACCUUUCAGUUUGUACAAAACCGGCAGCAGGGACCUUUCACUCCGUCUGUACAAAAGCGGCAGCAGGGACCUUUCACUCCGUUUGUACAAAACCGGCAGCAGGAACCUUUCACUCCGUCUGUACAAAACCGGCAGCAGGGACCUUUCACUCAGUUUGUACUGAAAAAUGUUAUUUCCUGA